AUGGCGGUCCCGAUUGCUCUAUUAACCCUGCCUAUGUUCAUCGGCACCCUCGUCAACUGGCUUCUCUUUGGAACACUUUUGGUGCAAAUAUACAUAUAUUAUGCAGCAUUUCCGCAGGAUCCACGAUGGGCUAAACGGGGUGUUGCCCUUGUUCUCAUCGUCGAACUUGUCGAAACAUUUGGCAAUCUUCACGAUGUAAUAGGCGUAUUCGGUUCUGGCUGGGGAGAUCUUGAGGCGUUAGAUAGAGUGGGCUGGGCGUGGUUCAGCGUCCCCGUACUCGGGCCACUGAUUUCAUCGAUUGGGCAAGCCUUUUUUGCCUAUAGGAUAUAUCUUAUCGGGCAGAGCAUCUACCUCCCCAUCUUAGUAUGCCUGACCUCCACAUUGCAACUGGGGGCGGGAAUAUGGACUGGCGUCAAUAUAGCCAAGGCCGGUCGGUUCUCAUUAUUACAAGAAGACAACACAGUAGCCACGACUCUCUGGCUGGCGUCCACCUCAGUCUGUGACUUGCUCAUCAUGGCCGGAAUGGUUUACCAUCUCCUGAAAUCGCGUCAGCGCGAGUUUAGCCGCCUGAAUCCUGCGAUCUCCAAGGUCCUUUUGGUCACUGUGGAGACGGGAAUGAUUUGCACCAUCUUUGUACUCGUCGAUCUGUACCUCUUUGUGUCACACAAGGGAACCAACUUGCAUCUCGCCAUGUGCGACCCCCUGUCCAAAAUAUACUCCAACAGCAUACUACUGAUAUUCAAUUCCCGUGCGCGGGUUACCUACCCCGGCACGCAGAACUCGCGCUACUCGACCCCACAUCUCAAUUCUGGGAGCAGAUUGUCACGCCCGGGGCCUGGAAAUACGACCACAAUUCGGUUUGCUGGCCGUGAUAGCGCGUUUGCGGUGACGACGACGGAAUCCAGCGAAAUGGGUGUGCUUGAGGCGGGGAAGCAAUAUGAUUUCCGCGACCCCAAGGUGCUAGUGGAGCACCAUGAAGAGGAUGCGCAAAUUGGCAAACGCGAGGAUGCCUUUGUUGUUUGA